CGCCGGGUCAUUCUCUUCAGCCCUGCGGCGGUGUAACCGCCUUCCAUCCCCGGGACGCGGCCGUCCCCUGGCUCCGGCCGCCGGGGACCAUGGAGUUCGCGGAGCUGAUUAAGACCCCGCGGGUGGACAAUGUGGUGCUCCACCGACCAUUCUAUCCCGCCGUUGAGGGGACCUUGUGUCUAACUGGCCACCACCUGAUCCUGUCCUCCCGGCAGGACAACACGGAGGAGUUGUGGCUCCUCCAUUCAAACAUCGAUGCCAUCGACAAGCGAUUUGUGGGGCCACUGGGUACCAUCAUCAUAAAGUGUAAAGAUUUUCGAAUAAUUCAGUUGGAUAUUCCUGGAAUGGAGGAAUGUUUGAAUAUAGCCAGUUCCAUUGAGGCAUUAUCUACCCUGGACUCCAUCACUCUGAUGUACCCUUUCUUUUACCGGCCCAUGUUUGAAGUGAUAGAAGAUGGCUGGCAUUCUUUCCUUCCUGAGCAAGAAUUUGAGCUCUACUCUUCAGCUACCAGUGACUGGAGGUUAAGCUAUGUUAAUAAGGAAUUUGCGGUCUGCCCCUCUUACCCGCCAAUUGUCAUAGUACCCAAAUCCAUUGAUGAUGAAGCUCUUCGGAAGGUGGCUACAUUUCGACAUGGAGGACGCUUCCCAGUACUCAGCUAUUAUCAUAAAAAAAAUGGAAUGGUAAUUAUGCGAAGUGGUCAGCCACUGACUGGCACAAAUGGGAGACGGUGCAAAGAAGAUGAGAAGCUGAUCAAUGCUACCCUCAGAGCAGGAAAGCGUGGCUACAUCAUUGAUACUCGAUCUCUAAAUGUAGCUCAGCAAGCUAGAGCCAAAGGAGGCGGCUUUGAGCAAGAAGCUCAUUAUCCCCAGUGGAGGCGGAUUCAUAAGUCCAUUGAGAGGUAUCACAUUCUUCAGGAGAGCUUAGUCAAACUUGUGGAAGCUUGUAAUGACCAAACACAUAACAUGGACCGAUGGCUUAGUAAAUUGGAGUCUUCCAACUGGCUGACUCAUAUCAAAGAGAUUCUGACAACUGCCUGUCUAGUGGCUCAGUGUAUCGACAGGGAAGGAGCAUCCAUAUUGAUUCAUGGAACAGAAGGCACUGAUUCCACACUUCAGGUGACCUCCCUGGCCCAGAUCAUCUUGGAACCAAGAAGCAGGACCAUCCGUGGUUUUGAGGCCCUGAUAGAAAGAGAGUGGCUGCAGGCUGGUCACCCGUUCCAACAGCGCUGUGCACAGUCGGCCUAUUGUAAUAGUAAGCAGAAAUGGGAGUCACCUGUAUUUCUUCUCUUCUUGGAUUGCGUGUGGCAGAUACUUCGUCAGUUCCCUUGUUCUUUUGAAUUUAAUGAGAAUUUCCUCAUCAUGCUCUUUGAGCACGCUUAUGCCUCACAAUUUGGAACGUUUCUGGGCAACAAUGAAAGUGAAAGAUGUAAGUUGAAGCUACAGCAGAAAACGAUGUCGCUGUGGUCUUGGGUCAAUCGGCCCAGUGAACUGAGUAAAUUCACCAAUCCUCUCUUUGAAGCCAACAACCUUGUCAUCUGGCCUUCGGUUGCUCCACAGAGUCUUCAGCUCUGGGAGGGUAUUUUCCUGCGUUGGAACAGAUCCUCCAAGUAUUUGGAUGAAGCAUAUGAAGAAAUGGUUAACAUCAUUGAAUAUAAUAAGGAAUUACAAGCAAAAGUAAAUCUCCUUAGGAGGCAGUUGGCAGAACUGGAGACUAAGGAUGGGAUGCAGGAGAGUCCCUGAAAGGUGUCCCCACACCUGUGUAAAACCUUCCCACACCCGUAUCCCACCUCUCUCUCCUUUUGAUCUUUAGCUCACUUUUACAUAGUAGCCUUGAACUUAAGGCUUUAGAUAUGAGAACCCUCUAAUCUAAUGGAUUUCUCAAUACUUUAUGAAUGCAAUUUACUAUAAUUACACAUGUUUCAUGUGGCCUCUUAGGCCUUUUUACUUUGGGAGCAGGAAGGAGGUGCUAGUUGUUUUAUUUUAUUUUAUGCGAACCAGGUGACCUAUGUAAUACCAUUAGUGUUAUGCACCAUUUCAUCAUAAGCUUUCUGUGUCUACUUUCCAAACAGUGCUUCAGACCAGUCAAGGUUAUGAAUAAUCUCUUUAGGGGAUAUGUUAAUUUUAAAAAAAAGAUUAGACGCUUAAACAUUUUGAAAAUAUAAAUAUUUUUCAAAACUGAAAUGGUAGAUAAACCAAGAAUGUUAUGUUUAACAUGCCAUUUCCAAUACCUUUGCCAUUCUCUUUAAAAUAGUUUUGGAGUAACAGAGAUGAACUCAGUCUCACUCUGGUUUGUCAGGAGAGGAAAUUCUGAAUAUUUAUUCAAGGUAAAUUAUUUUUACAAGGGCAACAGGUAUAGUCCUCUGCUAUUUACCUUAAGAAGUAAAUUUAACAGUAGACAGUAAAAGUAUGUGCAAUAUAGAAAUAAAGUAGGAAUUUGUUACUGAUAUGGUAUUGUUACUGUUGAAUUGGUUUUUCAGGUUUUUAUCAUACAUAUUAAAUAUGUAUCAGAUGCUGGACGUAACAUUGAACCAUCAUUUAUAAUAGAUGUUAAUUUGUUAUAAUUAAGCUACAAAUAUGGUUUCCUUAAACCAGAGAUACACUGCCCUUGUCUGACAUUCUCAUUGUACUGGUUUAUGUAUAUAUGUGUGUGUUUUAUUUGUUUUGUUUUAUUUUUAAGUAUUCUAAGUGUUUACGAAUACUAAAAUUACAACUUUCAUGGUGGUGUGAGCCUUUGAAAAUGUAUCUGGGCUCUGCUGAUUUGUCCAUUAUAUGUUAGGCAAAUGUAAUUUAAGUGGAGGUGAAAGAUUAUGAACAUGAUGCAGCUAUGUUUUAAACUUCAGAUUGAAAUGUUUCAAUGUUAUAGGAAAAGUGAUGACUAUACUUAUGCUGUGCUAGUUCAUGCCCGAAACUCUAAAAGUUUGCAAUUCAGUGCUUUCCAUGUACGUUUCUGUUUUGUGGAAUUGCCCAUUUUAACAAAUACUGUCAAUUCCCGUUAUUCUUUAAAAAGAUAGUUGAAAAAUAAUCAUUAAUACCAUUUCUACCCCAUCUACAUAUAACCAUUUCAGUGUAAAACAUACCAAGUCUGAACCCUGCUUUAGAGCUAUGUAUUGAGCUAAAAAUACAAUUUUUAUAAAUUGACUCUAUCAGAAUCUCUGGCCACAUUCAGAAGCUUUAAAAAGUGACAAAUUUUUUGUAUCCCCAGUUGCCCAAGUUUUAUCUUUUUUCUGUCUCCUCAGACUUGCAGCAAAAGGCUGGACAACAAUUCAUAGUCAGAACUCUCUUUUGGUAAAUGUGCCUGCCUUCUCCUAUCAACUCCGUUUUGUUCUCGACUUAUUUUCUUGGCUAUAGUUGUGAAUCUCGGGCAUUAAAGCCCUCACCAAAA